CAUGUCGACCACUUCGGAAGUGACAACAGUGAUUGUUAUCGACAAUUGCCUUAUUAUGAUCAGUGAAUAGCCAUCAUCAUCGCAUUCUCACUUUUUCCCUGUCGAAUCAGACGAGCUCGGCUGGCCGCGUGAUUACAUCUACCUAGUCGUUGGCACCUUCUAUUUUUCUGGUUUCUCAGUAGCUUGUCAUCUCUGGCCAGGAUACCUUGUGGCUUUUGACGUAACACGUGCUGACCGCGGGUGGUAGUUCGUUGAUCGCUUUGCCCACAUAUAUAAAGCUGUCAGAUCAUCUCAAUCUCGAAAUCAUCUCCCUGUUGAUCGUUGCUUCGUUGGUUCUUGUCACCGUACAUAGCAAACAGGUCUUCAAGAUGAAGUCUUCCGUCGCAACUUUGCUUGUCACUGCCUCUCUGGCCUAUGCUCAGACGGCUACUGAGAAGGAGCCUUCUCUUUCUGCCAUAGAAUCUGCAGCAGCCUCCAUCCAGCCUUACUCUCCAGUUUCGAACGUUGAGGGUGUUGCAUUCAAUCGCUUCUUCCAAGUGUGGCUUGAAAAUAUUGACUACGAGGAUGCUGCGGCAGAUGACAACAUGAAAUGGCUGGCUUCACAAGGAAUCCUGCUCACCAAUUUCUAUGCAGUUACCCACCCUUCAGAGCCAAACUAUUGCGCUGCUGCUGGAGGUGACACAUUCGGCAUGGACAAUGAUAACUUCAACCAGAUUCCUGUCAAUGUUUCUACUGUCGCUGAUCUCCUGGAUACUAAGAACAUUGCUUGGGGGGAGUAUCAGGAGCACUUACCUUAUCCCGGAUUCCAGGGGCUCAACUAUUCCAACCAGAAGACUUAUGCCAAUGACUAUGUGCGUAAGCAUAACCCAUUGGUCUUGUAUGACUCUGUCACCAAGAACAGCACUCGUUUGCGGCAGAUCAAGAACUUUACCAGCUUUGAGGAAGACCUGGCCAACAAGAAGCUUCCUCAGUGGGCUUUUAUCACUCCAAACAUGACCAACGACGCCCAUGACACCAACGUUACCUUUGGAGCCAAAUGGGAGCGAAGCUGGAUUGCUCCCUUGCUCAACAACUCAUACUUCAUGAAUGACACCCUGAUCCUGCUUACCUUCGAUGAGGAUGACACUUAUACUAAGGGCAACAAGAUCUUCAGUGUUCUUCUUGGUGGUGCCAUUCCUGAUGAGCUGAAGGGUACUCAGGAUGAUACUUUCUAUACCCACUACUCAGUCAUUGCUUCCGUGUCUGCGAACUGGGGCCUUCCUUCUUUGGGCAGAUGGGAUUGCGGUGCGAACAUCCUUGAGAUCGUGGCAAACAAGACGGGAUAUGUCAACUACGAAGUUGACACAACCAAUCUACGCCUCAAUGAGACCUACCCUGGUCCCAUGUCAGCGGGCGAAUACUCGAAAUACUCCCCUGUCUGGCCGAAUGCCUUGACCAGUGGCAAUUGCUCUGCUGGCCAUGGCAUUUUGGACAUUGUGAAGGAGACCUACGCCAACACGAAGCCAACAUACAACUAUACGAGCCCCUUCCCCUAUGACACUGUGAGCGACUACAACACCAAGGUGACUGCCACCAAAAAGAAUGUCACCGGUACACAAAAUAGUUCUUCUUCCUCCUCUCCGUCAGCUAGCUCCAACGCUGCUGUUUCUGCUGUCGCUCCUGCAGCCGGUGUCUCUGGUCUCCUCUUGGGACUCGCUCUGAGCCUGCUUUAAAUCUCCAAUGACGUGAUUCUAGUGAAGUCAUGAUCUGGGUAAAUACUGGCAUGAGAACGCAAGCAGGCCAACACCCUAGCAUACGUGAAUCUGAC